GCAACGCUGGGGACGGCACGGCUACGCCAUCGCCUGCGGCUGCCAUUGGGCCCCACCACCUGAGGCGCACGCUGUCCUCACCACCUGGUAAACAAUGGCGUCGGCGCGGCUGCGCUCGGCCGCGGCGGCGGCCGCCCGGCUCCAGCCUUCGCUCACCGGCCGCGGCGAGAGGCGGCUGCUCGGGACGGUCGCGGCGGGAGUCGCGGAGGCGGGGGCGGCCGCGAGGUGGGAGCCGAUGGGGACGCGGGAGUACUACGACUACCGGAGGGCCAUCUACGGCGGCAUCACGCACAAGGCCGUCCUCGUCGACGCCGCCGGCACCCUCCUCGCCCCCACAGAGCCGAUGGCUCAGGUAUACAGAACGAUUGGCGAAAAGUAUGGAGUGGAGUAUUCAGAGGAUGAGAUCCUGAUGAGGUAUCGGUGGGCGUAUGCUCAACCAUGGGGUAGAUCACGUCUGAGGUAUGUCAAUGAUGGAAGACCCUUUUGGCAAUUCAUAGUCAGUUCCUCUACUGGCUGCUCAGAUUUACAGUACUUUGAGGAACUGUAUAAUUACUAUACAACUGAAAAGGCUUGGCAUCUCUGCGAUCCAGAUGCUGGACGUGUUUUCCAGGCAUUGAGAAGGGCUGGUGUAAAAACAGCUGUUGUGUCCAACUUUGACACUCGGCUUCGGCCACUUUUACAAGCCCUGAAAUGCGAUCACUGGUUUGAUGCAGUUGCUGUAUCUGCUGAGGUUGCAGCAGAAAAGCCAAACCCAACAAUAUUCUUGGAGGCCUGCGAAUUAUUAGGCGUGAAACCUGAAGAAGCUGUGCAUAUUGGCGAUGACCGUAGGAAUGAUUUAUGGGGAGCUAGGGAUGCAGGCUGCGACGCCUGGCUUUGGGGCAGUGAUGUCUACUCCUUCAAGGAGGUCGCGGAGAGGAUCGGGGUUGAUGUAUAAUGAGUUGUUUGCUUUGUCACCUGAGCUACAAUAAAAAGCUGGGUAGUCAGUAGUGUUGCCUCCUUGUACAUAACCCUUCUUGCCCCAGCUUCUUGUACAUAUUUUCCCAGGAAGUAACCGAGAGCAGUGUCUCAUGUGACAGGCCUUUCCGUAUUCCGUAGCUCUGCUGAUGUAUAUGUACGCAUUUAAAUGUUCUAUUUACCGCUGGUUAGUUGGUUGCGCUGUCAAUUCUGUAAUCCAGU